GUUCGCGUGUUCUGGUGCCGAGACCCACUAUUCCGACGUGGUACGCCAUUCCCAACUUUAAACCAAAAGGACAGAAGGUUCAGUAACACUUAAUCAUACUGAGGAUUCUAUUUAUACAAACCUUUGCUUGUAAGCUCCGUAUACGCGGAAACUUACGCUAUAUUUAGCAGCACAAAUUACCGUGGAUUAAUAGGGCAAUUGCUUCUAUGGAAGAUAAAACACGAGACUAAUGUCUGCGAAUAUAAAUAUAAUGGAAGGCAAGCAGGCGUGGAUCGGAAUGGAGGAGGUCAAGUCAGCUGAUUGUCUUUACACCCGUUUUACCAUCAAAACUUCUACUCUGCCGCUAUACCCAAUGCCAAUACCUCGUGCAAAUAAGCCAAGUCUCCACAUGUUCACAAGGAAGGAAUUCUUGCGGGGAAAUCGGCACUAGAUCUUGUGUUAAAGGGAAAAAGAGAGCUCUUGGCCUUGAGUGAGGGAGGAAGAACAUAAACAAAGAUCAGGUGGGGAACAGCUGAGACCUUCCUUGACGUUUCCUAAUAUAUGCUUCGAACCCACUCGUGGUCCAUGGGCAUCUAUUGCGGAGACUGUAAUGAUCCAGAAAAAGCUUAGUGAUUCAUGUUUUAUAAUAGGUCAAUUUGAACUCCCUUCUGAACCCCAGUGCUAAGUGAGAAUUGAUGGAAGUCCGGUGUUGGAAGUGACACAAGAUGCCUUAGGGAGUGAGGCAGGAACCUGUUGUGUGGAGGGGAUAGACAUGCUACACGAGGGUUUCUUCUAGGAAGGAGACCCAGUGCUAAAACCUCUUUGGGGUAUAUAGUGGUACCUUUCUCCAUGCUAAUUUAAGUCACAACAUGAGGACAUCAGGGAAAUUAAGUGAACUCUCAGGUUGCUCCAUUAAAUACUUGGAGCGAAGAGCCUAUCACUCGGCAAGGUCCGACUGGGGUCCACAUGUGGCCUCAGCAGCUUUUCUUUCGAGACGAUUAGACUCAUCAAGAAAUCUCUAUCGCAAAGACUUGUAUGCUCAUUAUGGCUGUGUUAAUGCAAUUGAGUUUUCGAAAGAAGGAGACUUACUUGUCUCAGGUGGUGAUGAUCGGCGUGUGUUAUUAUGGAAUGUGGACAGCGCUCUAUCAGGAGCCCGUCGCCCAAGAGCCAUGGAGAGUGAACACAGUAGUAACAUAUUUUGUCUUAGCUUUGAUUCUUCCAAUUCCAAGAUUUUCUCAGCAGGCAAUGAUGAACAGGUCAUUGUGCAUGAUCUGAGAACAGGGGAAACCACAGAUGUAUUUCUGCACCGAGAGGCUGUGUAGGGAGUAUCUGUAAAACC